AUUGAUCACUAAACUACGCUCGAGUGUUAAAACAAGAUGUUGAACAAGUAAGUCUGUUUAAGUAAAAAAAAAAGGAGUGUUUUUUCUGUUGAUUUAUUUCAUAUGGGAAUUUUAGUAUUAGUAAAUACAUCAACUUUAAAAGAGGCUGACAAAAACAAAAAGUGGGCAAAACCAUUGGAUUCAGUGACCCUUUUGUUGCCUUAUACUGCUCUUUUGUUUUUACUUGUGUUUCCUGUUCUUGAUAUUUUUUAGUUUUUUUUUUCAAGAUUUCAUCUGAUUUUUAGCUUUUGGGGUUUCAUCAAAAGUGAAGUUUGAGCUCUAUAUUUGUUGAAAGAUAGGUUCUUUUUUUGUCUGAUUUGAGUUCUUGAUAUGCUUUUUAGUUCUGUAAGUUCACUGAAAAGAUUACUUUUUUCUGGACUUGUGAUUUGGUAGAGAGCUCCAAGACUUAAUAGUAUAAAGGGUUCUUUAAAUUUGCUUCAAAUUUUGUUGGGCCAGGGGAUUUUAUAGAUUCUUAGCUAGAAAUGUGGGAAAGGUGAUAAUUUUUGGUAUCUUAGUAUAUCCCUUUGUAUUUGGAUUUGCUGCACUCGAGCUGAGGAUCUUUUAUCUUUCGGAUUUUUCCAUGAGGUAGUGGUAAGGUUUGCCUACACUCUACUCUCUACAGACUCUACUUGUGGGAUUACUCGAGCUGAGGAUCUUUCAUCUUUCGGAUGUUUCCAUGAGGUAGUGAUAAGGUUUGCCUACAUUCUACUCUCUACAGACUCUGCUUGUGGGAUUUCAUGGGGUAUGUACUAUGUUGUUGUUGUUGUAACUUAGUAUAUCCCUUUCCAAAUUGAAUUGAUAAUGAUGAAAAGUUUCAAUCUUUGUAGUUCUUGAAAGUGGAGAAAGUUGUUGUUUUUGGUCUAAUAUACAAGAAAUCCAUUAGGAUAUUGGGGGUUAUGAUCAUGGAGAAACAGGUUAGUUUCCAGGGUGCAAAAAUGGAAAAACAGCAAAGUUUUCGAAACGGGGCGACGGAGAAGCAGAAGAGCUUUAUAGGAAUAAUGGAAAAACAGAAAAGUUUUAGGAUAGCAAUGGAGAGGCAAAUGAGUUUUGGUGGUGAGAGGAAAAGGGGUAAGGAUUCACCGGGGAAACGUGGGGAUUCCCCGUUGCAUCUUGCAGCUAGAGCUGGGAAUUUAGGGAAGGUGAAAGAAAUUAUUCAGAAGUUUGAUGAAAAAGGCAUUAAAGAUUUGUUAUGUCAGCAAAACCAAGAGGGUGAGACUGCUUUAUAUGUUGCUGCUGAGAAUGGUCAUAGUUUGGUUGUUGCAGAGUUCUUGAAACAUUUAGACCUUGAAAUUGCUUCUGUUGUGGCGAAUAAUGGUUAUGAUACACUUCAUGUUGCAGCAAGGCAGGGUCAUCUUGAUGUACUACAGGAACUGCUGCAUUCCUUUCCGAACUUAGUCAUGACCACAGAUUCGUCGAAUUCUACAGCGUUACACACUGCAGCUGCACAGGGACGUAUUCAUGUAGUAAAUAUGCUUCUGGAGAUUGAUUCUAACCUUGCUAAGAUAGCUCGGAACAACGGAAAGACUGUGCUACAUACAGCAGCAAGAAUGGGACACUUGGAGAUAGUUAGAUCCCUUCUUAGCAAGGAUCCUGAAAUUGGCUUUAGAACUGAUAAAAAAGGCCAGACUGCCUUGCACAUGGCUGCAAAGGGGCAAAAUGUUGACAUUGUACUCGAAUUAAUCAAACCAAAUCCUGCUGUUUUGGCCUUGGAAGAUAACAAAGGAAACACAGCACUUCAUAUUGCAACAAGAAAGGGACGAAUACAGAUGGUACAAUGUCUUAUAUCAAUUGAGGGCAUUGAUCUUAACACCCUUAAUAAGGCUGGAGAAACAGUUCUUGAGAUUGCAGAAAAGUUUGGAACUCCGGAGCUUGUUUCUAUUUUGAAAGAAGCCGGAGCUACCCAUUCCAAAGAUCAUGGAAAGCCAUCCGGUCCUGCAAAGCAGCUCAAGCAGACUGUCAGUGACAUAAAACAUGAUGUGCACUCUCAGCUCCAACAGAGUCGGCAGACUGGCUUCAAAGUACGAAAAAUUGCAAUGAAGGUGAAGAAGCUCCACAUUAGUGGUCUUAACAACGCCAUCAAUAAUGCAACGGUUGUUGCUGUCCUUAUUGCUACUGUUGCUUUUGCUGCUAUCUUCACUGUACCUGGGCAAUAUGUUGAAAAGAAAACAGAUGGAUUUUCGCUUGGAGAAGCACAGAUAGGGAGAAAAGCAGCAUUCAUAAUCUUCUUCUUGUUUGACAGUAUGGCAUUGUUCAUUUCAGUUGCUGUUGUUGUGGUCCAGACGUCUGUUGUCGUGAUUGAACAGAAAGCAAAGAAACGACUCAUGUUUUGGAUAAACAAGCUAAUGUGGGCAGCUUGUCUCUUCAUCUCAGUCGCCUUUAUCUCUCUUAGUUAUGUAGUGGUUGGAUCUAAGGAAAGAUGGCUUGCUGUGUAUGCAACUGUGGUUGGCUGCAUAAUCAUGCUCACUACAAUUGGCUCCAUGUGCUAUUGUGUGGUUCAACAUAGGUUAGAAGAAUCAAGGUUGAGGAGCAUUCGAAGAACUGAGACUAAUUCACGUUCUUUCCCAAUGUCUGUCGCAUCAGAUCAAGAGCUAUGCAGUGAGAACUACAAGAGGAUGUAUGCAGUAUAGGUAGAAUAAUCAGGCAGCUUUCUGCCUAUGGCAUCAAACGCAGAGCUCGGUAACUGAAACUACAAGCAAUUCUCAACCAUGAAGUUCAACAACACUGAAAUGAAAUCAGAUUCAGAAUGGUAAAAGUAUGAAAGGGAUCUAUAGUUCUAAUAGAUUGACAAUAAUAUCGGAGCGAUAUCAGUCGCUGCAGCAUCAUUCUUGGAAGUUCAAAAUGAAGCAUUAGUACAUAGAUUGCAACCUGGUGACAAGAAUGUGGGGAUGGCUGCUAUUUAUUUUUAUGCCUAUAUACCUGAUCAACUUCUAAGUUCAUCAAACAAAAUGGUGUCAUUGUAUAAUUCAUUAUAGCUUCUUUUUUUUCUAUCAUCAUGAAAGUCCAAUCUUUUUCAGCUGC